AUGGAUGUAUACCGAUGGGUGGUGAGUAUUUCCUCUUUGUUCGAAACACUUGUCAAAAAAAAAUUUGGUCGUAAAAUUUCUAUCAAAGAGGGUCUACGUCGGAAAAACGGAAAAGGAUGCAGUCGGGAGGGAUCAGAAAUUAAAAUGUUAACGGAGAGAGAAACAACUGAUUGAUUCGAUUAGACGGCGAUCCGAUAGGUCACUUACUCAAAAACGAUCAGUGACGUUCGGAAGGCGAUUUUAAAAAAUAAAAAGAAAAGGGGACUGAAAAUUAUAGUUCGCUCAAGCCAGAAUUAAAAAUAUUCAAAUUUCAAACAAUUUCUAGGUAAUUUUCGCACUUUUCUCUGCUAAUUCAUCAGAAAUCCCCAUUCUUUUUUUGAGCACAUUCAAAUCUGCUUUACCUGCUGCUCGAAAGGCUCUCUGAGCACAUAACCGGAUGGAUGCGAGCAAUUUGAGCAAGAAUUGGGUCAGCGGGCUCACUGAGAUUUAUCGCUUGGAAAAGUGGGGCCGGCUCCCUUGAUUUAUGGACCCGCCGCGGGGCUUCUAAAGCAGACAAAAAGGUCGGAAAUUAGUGCUCGCAGUAGUCUGACCAGCGAAAGUUCUCAUCCGAUUUGAAAUACAUACACGUCGUCUACCUCCAUUCAAAUAGCCGUGGUUUAUGCUUUUCAGGCUAAAAGAGCACAUUUCGUGACUCGUUUUAUCGCUCUGUUUUCGCAUUUCCAGCACCACACAUUCUGAUAACUCUUCCUCUUCGUCGCAAUUUCCGAGCUGGUCUGCUCGUGACACAAGAACCAGUGUUCUUUCUGUUUGCACACAGUUUCCGAACAUUUCGUCUUCUUCCGCCCUCCCUCUCGUCAGCACUUUCUCAAGGGCACUAGAUCAAACUAUGUGCCAUUUUUCGUUCAGAUUUCCACCUAAAAAGUGUUUUGCGUUGAAUGAUUGACUUGAUGGAAAUGAGAGAGUUUUUGCACAUUUCAUCGAAUUGUAAACACUCGAUUUGUUAUGCUUUUCCGUAGAGUUUGCUCUAUUUUGUAGUUUUCUAGUGUUCGGAGCUUUGAUUGUUCCAGCUGCUCCGAUAGUAUGUUUGGAAAGAAGUUAGGCAAAUUCGAAACAUUUGUCAAUUCGAUUUUCAAACCAAAAUAUCUGUGCAAAAACACUUGAGGAAAGGAGAGUUCAUUCAUAAAAGUAAAGUUCAUGUUUUCUGAUUACUGCCUCGAAAAACCAGGUCGAAUCCAUUGAAUCGGUAAUUCGCAUUCAGUCCGCGUAAUAAUUGAGUCCUUCUCCUUCUCUCUUUUCCUUUCCAAUUACCGUCCACUCUUCAGUCGACUCGUACUCUUUGCGUCCCCGACUUUGGGCGGAGCGGAGCCCUCUUUCUCUCUCUCUCCGUUUGACUCAUUCUGCGUCUCCCUUCCACAUAAACCACACAAUAUACAGACAGUGACCGAACUUUUGGCAACCCGCGCUCUUUCCCUCUCUCUUCCUCUUUCUCUUCGUUUCUCCUCUCGUUCUGCUCCUCGCACUCUCCGUUUGUUGAUCAUAUCAUUCUUAUUCAACUAUUCAAUAGGGACGGACAGUAUCAAAAGAAGAAGAAGAAGAAGAAGAAGAAAAAGCAGAACAGGAAAAUAGAGAAAAGAAGAAUGAAGAUGUGGAGGGUGAGUUUUUCGGUUCGGUUCCUUUCUUCCUGCAAUGUUCUUCCAUCGGUGAAAGUUUCUUGACUCUUGAAUUAUUCGAAAGCUGUUCUCUGAGCACGUUCAUAAAAAUAAAAGUCGGAAAAAGAGUGCUUAGCUGGUGGGCCCUGUUGUCAGGGACUACUGCCGAAAUGACAUCUUUGAAAGCUUUCCCUCCCCAACGAAUCCGUUAUUCGUAUAUUUCGAAUGCGUUCUUGAGCCCAAAACUCGAGAUUUUUCAACCUCCUUUUAGUCAAUGUUCUGGUUAAAAUAUCAAAAAUCCAUUUCCUGCUGCUUCCUACUCAGUCAAAUCGAGCCUGAUUUCAGAUGUCCAACUUCUGGCACGAGCCGCUCUGGCUGCCACGUAACGUGACGUGGGACGAGCUGCCGGCCAAGUUCCACGACCUGAUCGUGCCGAUUUAUCUGGCGAUCCCACUGGUUAUAAUCAGGUUUGUGCAUAUAACAAGUGCAGUGCACAGAAGGGAAACGGACGGACGAAGCGAAGGGACCUCGUGUUUGUUUUAUGAGCUUAUGAGUAGACGGACGGAAAGAGAAAGAGAGAGAAAGAGAAAUUAUGUUUGUGAAAGGGGAACGAACUGAAGAGAAUGCCGCCGAGAGCCGAAUGGUGCGGAACACGCGCGCAUGGAACCAUUACGAUGGGAAAACGUAUUGGAGCGAAAAGUUCAGGGAACUAAACUUGGUUCGGAGUAUCUACCUUGAAAAUUUCAACUGUAUUGGAAUAUCUGGUCUGAAGAUAUAGUGAUUGUUUUUCGGACUCAUUUUGAGUCACUCAAACCAGAAUUUCUCCAGAUAUGAAAAUUUAAUCGGAGUGAAACUUUCAAAGGAGAUAAUGCUAACCAAUAAUAAUGCGAUGUUUGAAUCCGAUCCGAUCCGACAAUUUCGCGACUUCCAUGCUAUUGCGCCAACAAUAAUGUAAAAUUGUUUCAGAAUUCUGUGGGAAUCGACAGUCGGAGUGACGUAUCUGUAUUUCCGAACGAACGCCUACGCUUCCCGUAAAAACAUUACUCUUGUCGGAUGCGUGAGUCCUUGUUUUCCCCUCUUUGUCCAUUCGAGUCCUUUUCAGAUGUGGGAGCACAUGUCCGGCGGAUUCGCAUCCGUCUCGAGGGCCAAAAAGAUUCUCGAAUGCUUCUGGCGCUUCAGCUACUACACGUUCGCUUUCAUGUACGGAGUGUACGCGAUGAAGGACUCGAGCUGGCUGUACGACGUGAAACAGUGCUGGAUUGGAUACCCGUUCCAUCCGGUGCCGCCCUCCAUCUGGUGAGUCGAAUUCGUAACGAUCGUUGCAUUUCGUACGACGAGUCAUUGAUUCGGUUAUCUCCAUUUUUUAUUCCUCUCCUUAUCACUGCCAUGUCAUCGCAUAGUAGAAAGGAGCACAUUCUGUAGUCUUAUCAGUGCUCGCGGAGCACAUGGACACACUUUUGACAGUGCAGAGUCAUUCCAUUCGAUUAUUAUGAAUCAUCCGAUUGGGAAAGAGUGAAUAGACGAACAAUACUACGCGCACGCGGGUGGGAAUGGGCACACAGGGACUGAGCACAAACCAUGGCCACGGUUACGGAAUUAAUAUUCAAGGGGCUAACAGAAAAAAAAGAAAGAAAGCAACAUGCUACUGUGGGAUUUUCGACCACUCUAGCCCAGAAAAGAUCGCGAAAUGACUGAAUCCUUCACAAGUUUAGGCAAAAAACUGUUUGCCAUUUUGAGAAAAAAGGGAAUUUCUACGGCCGCUGGCGUGGAAAUGAAACAACUCUAAAACGGGAUAAGUUCAGGUGGUACUACAUGAUCGAGACGGGCUUCUACUACUCGCUCCUCAUUGCCUCCACCUUCGAUGUCCGUCGCUCCGACUUCUGGCAACUGAUGUUCCACCACAUCAUUACCGUAUUCCUGCUCUCCUCCAGCUGGACCAUCAACUUUGUCCGGUUAGUCGUAGUCACCUAGACCCCUCAUAUAAACUAUUGUCAUUUGCAGAGUCGGCACCCUGAUCCUUCUGUCCCACGACGUGUCGGAUGUGUUCCUGGAGGGGGGAAAGCUCGUCCGUUACGAUGCUCACAAUAAGAACCUUACCAACUUCAUGUUCGUGCUUUUCUUCACUUCCUGGGUCCUCACUCGUCUCAUCUAUUAUCCGUUCGUCGUCAUCCGAUCCGCAAUUACCGAUGCCGCCGGACUCAUUCAACCGGAUUACAUUCUAUGGGAUUAUCAACUGGUAGAUGCUCAUUUGGGUGAAAAAUGAACGAAAGGCACUUUUCAGAGUCCCCCGUACGCUCCCCGUCUCAUCGUCUUCGCUCUCAUCCUCCUGUUCUUCCUCCACAUCUUCUGGACAUUCAUUAUUCUGCGAAUCGCGAUCCGAACGACGACGGGAGGUCAGGCGAAGGACGUCCGAUCGGACAGUGACUCGGAUUACGACGAGGAGGAAAUGGCGAGAAGAGAGCGGACCCGGCUGCUGAAGAAGCGGAAGAACAAGGUGGGAAAGGUGAGAUUCGCGUGAAGAUGAGCUGGUAAAUGGUCGUUUAGGUGUCGCCGAACGCCGAGUCGGAGGAAGAGGAAGAGGAGAAGAACGAGGACGGAAAGGCACGACAUCGCAGAGCUCCGCGCAAGGAAUAA